CCGGCGCCGCUCGACGGCGCAGGAGAGAGAGAGAGAGAGGGAGAGAGAGGCGGCGGCGGGGAUGGCGGCGGUGCUGCGCGGGAUCGGCGCGAAACUGGCGGGGCGCGAGGAGAAGGUGACCAGCGCGCUGCUGCUGGCCUCGUUCGUGGCGCUGGGAUGGCACUCGUGGGAGCAGCAGCACAAGAUCGACGACCUGGAGGCCAAGAGGGCGUCGCUCCGCGCCUCCAACACCUCCAUGUCCUCCGCCAUGUGGGCGUGGCGCGAGGAGCUCUUCGCCCUCGCCGCCGCGCCCUCCCCGCCCAUCUCCGCCUCCCGCCUCCGCCUCAUCUACGGCGAGGAGGAGCCCGCGUCCGAGGAGCCAGGAGCAGAUGCUGAGAAGGAAUCGUUUACUGUUGCAUGAACUAUUUUCCAGCGUGUCCUACUUAGCAUUGUGAGAUAACAAGAGGUCCCUGAAGAUGAUAAUGUGUUGUUAGAUAAUCCUUUGUAAUUUUGCACCGAGAUGCGAACAAUUUCUGGCUUUAACACAAGGAACAGUGUUGUCUUAUACAGUGAUCCAGUUAGGGGUAUGUAUUUUCAGGAUUCAAUGCUGCCCUCUCCUUGCACAUUGCAAACAGGGUCAACACUUGGAUGAUUUUUUUCCCAUAUCUAUGCUCGCCUUGUUUGUGAAAUACUUCAUCCAUUUUAUAUAUAAGACUUUUUGGCUA